AUCGGGUGGAAUUCCUCAGGCAUCCAGCAAAAGGGAGUUGUCCCCCGAAAGACCGUGUGACAUCAAGAGAGGUCUGCUUCCCAUUCAGUGCAACAUGGAAAAGGCCGCAGUUAGCACCCACCGGCUAGGGAGGUCCAAUGAGAAUACUUCAUUCAAGUGGAAGAAAACACCUACUGAGCUGUCCCCUCAAGAAGAGAAAUCUUCCCUUGGCAAAGCGACAUCCCACAAGACAGAGAGAGGGGGUUCUCGGUCCCAAAGCCCAUCUCGAGUGUCUGUGCUCCUCGAGGCCUGGGAGAAGGGGCUUGUAGGGACAGAUGCUCUUGACUCGCCCUCCGCCGCAGACAACAGACGCACCACUUCCACCGUGCACAGCAGACGCUUGCGUUUCUCCAAAGAAGCUUCUCAACCCCAUUUCCCAUCAAAUGCCAAGAGUUCUGUUUCACCAAGUCAUUCCCCGGUGGAUGCCAAGCGAUCUGUUUCUCCAGCUGGGGGCAAAAGAUGCUUUUCUCCAGCAGAGAACAGGAGCCCUCUUUCUCCGACCCAUCCUCAGACAGAUUCAAAGCGGUCCCGUUCGCCGGCAGAAGCCAAACAAGCUCUUUCUCCAGUCAGUGCCAGGCAGAUCCUUCCUCCAAUAGAAAGCAGGCGGUCUUUUUUCCUAGAAGAAGCUAAGAAGUCCCAGGCUCAGGCAGAACCUAGACCUUCCUUUUCCCGAGCAGAGAAGAAGCGGUCUCGUCCUCCAGCAGAUACUAGGCGGUCUCCUUCACCUGCCCGGACGAGGCGCUCCCAUUCCCCGUCAAAUGUCAGGCGAGCUCUUUCUCCAUCAAACACCAGGUACGCUUGCCAACCUGGAGAUGCUCGCUCGCGCCGCUCCUCAGGAGAUGUCCAGAGCCCUCCUUCUCCAACAGAAGGCAGAUACUCCUUUUCCAUGGUAGAAAGCUAUGACUCUCCCUCUCCAGUGUCUCCUUCUCCAGACACCAGGUCCUUGCCUUCUGUGGCAGAUAUCAGGCGCUUAUACUCUUCAGGAAAUGCCAAGCACUCACAUAACUCAGCGGAAGGUAGCAAUAUGUCUUCCUCGGCCACGACUAGGUCCUCAUCCUCUCUGGUAGAGAGAAGGUACCCAUCUUCCUCAACUGAAGCCCCUUCUCUGGUGGAUUCCAAGUGGCCAUUUUCUGCUGCAGAAGCCACAGGUGCUGAUGCCAAGUUCUCAUGUUCUCCAACGGAUAGCAAGCGCUCCCCUUCCCCGAAUGAUUCGAGAAGUUUUUCUCCCAUUUCAUCUGGGAAGCGUUCUCGUUCCCUCAGCCCUCAGAAAGAUUGCACAACUCAUGGGCCUGUGUUUGCUCAAGUAUAUUCCCCAGACACUAAACCAAAUCUCCUGAUGACGACAAAAAAUAAAGAAACAAAUGACACAACAGCAGCCCAGUCCCAAGGAGAAAGCUGCAGCGGUGUUGCAACUAACACCCAUCUGAAGAGAGAGAUCUUCAUCUCAAAUGGAUCCCAGGAGGAAAAUCUCUCUGCCACCAGGGCAGCAGAGUCCCAGAGGAAAAGCGAUGAUGCAUCAAAUAGCACCAACACUGCUACAGGGACAGGAUCAUCCAGUGCCACGAACACCCAACCUUCUGCAGGGCCUUGUGUGUUGAGUCCCUUGCCCCGUGUUGUUAGCUCCAGCACUGUCGCAAGAUCUCAAACCCAGUGGUACUCUCCCAAGAGUGGCAACAUGGUUGUAUAUAGAUCGGAAAGGCAAGUCAUUGUACCGCAAGGUGGGACUGCCACUGUCUACAGAGCAGGGCGAGAGAUUGUCAUGUCCAGCUCUGGGACAGGAAGUGGGGACAAAUCCCAGCAAGAGAAGUCCUUUGCCUCCCGUUCUGUUGUCUCAAGUGUUUCACCUAACGAGAACAGCCAACCUCAGGAUGGUGUCCCUGAGUCCAAGUCUCCCCAGUUCGUCUCUACAGCCUUCUCUGAUGCUUGUAAUCACUCUACAGCAAGUUCGCAGCCAGGAAGCAGUGUGACUCAAUCUAGAAAUGCCGGCAUGAGUGAUGCCCAGAGGGAAAGGUGUACGCUUUCGCCAACUCCUGCAUUCACAUCAAACGGAGAUGCUACCACAUUUGGGGAGGGAGUUGCUCCUCAGAGAGACUACAGCCGGAACAUCAAACCUGUCUUCAGGACACACGGCAGCUUGUUUGCAGAGAGCAGGUCUGAAAAGGAAAAGAGCACAAUGGCAAAUGGGACAGCACUAGACAGUCAUAAAUCAAGGGGGGAGAUGGCCACUUUAUCUGGAGGCCAGGAUAUCCUUCUAGAGAAUAAGGAACUCACCAGGUGGACUGAGGUAACUGAAGAACAACAAGGCCCAAGAAAAGAUUCACCAGUAUUUCCAUCACAGCCAAGCACAACGUUUGCUGAGACCACAACCUCCUCUCAGAAACCUCCAAGUCAUGAUCAUGGAAACAGCAACAGGGUGGCAGAAUCAGAACCAGAGGAGUAUGUGGACAUGGAGCUUUUUGUAGACACUCUCCGUAACAUGGGGCCUGCUGAAUGCCGAAAGUCUUUGAAGCACCUGCCCAGGACUCCCCGCCUUACCACUCUUGCAAGGAACACUUCCCUUCCUCCCAUCCAUGAAGACCACAUCACACUCAAGUCGCAAGUUCCUCCCCCAUCCGUUCCUGGAGAGUUGCUAGCUGUCACUGAAGAGAACUCAGAAGAAAGAGAGGGGCUCAAGUACGACGGCACAGGCCUUCCUGAGGAAGGAAUAGAGGAAAUCGAGAACCCUUAUCUCAGCAUGGAUGAACAAUUUCACAAUGAAGAUCAGGCCAGGAUGUAUUACCCUUGGGAAAGUAGAACAUUCAGGAACGAAGAGGAAUUUGGGUCUUUCCUGGGGAAGUUGCACCAAGGACCUGGGGAUCAGGAAACCAUUAUGGGCCCAAAUGUCGUCGUGACCAAUCAGAACAACCUAAUCAGAUCCAACGUCCUCAAAGGGGUCUCUCUCCUGUCUGGUCUCCCUGACAAGAAGACGGCGGACGAUAAUAAGCCUUAUUCCCGCUUGGAUAACAGCCUCCUCUACAGCAGGUUCAUCUCUCCAGAGAAAUCCCAAUUCAGAGAUGCAAUGAAAGGGAAUGAUAUGAGGUGUCCUAUUGUUUUGAUGAACCCAGCUAACCCAAAGGAAUGCCAGACCUUCUCAAGUGGGGCUCGAAUGGAAAACACAUAUGAACUUCGGAGUGCUGAGCUGCAACCAUCGGUGAGGCGAGCGGAGCCUUCCUACCGGGUGCUGGGGGCAAGCCGGAGUGCCAAGGAGAUGGCUGCUCGCUCCAAAGGCACCGAGACCCCAUCCCGGCCAGACGUUCAGCUGCAAGAAGAAAGUAAAACAGUCAAGAAGGUGAACGUGCGACCAGGGAAGAUCAUUCUGUACUCAGAGUCAGGCUUUGGGGGAGAAAAGAGGGAAAUCUGGGGUGAUAUUCCAGAUGCCACAGCCUGGCCUCUCUCACAAACCAUUUCCAUCCGCGUAGUCCGAGGAGGCUGGGUGAUGUACGAGAAGCCACGGUACUACGGAAGGAAGUGUGUGCUGGCCGAAGGGGAUGUGGAGAUCACAAACCCUUGGAGAAUAUACCACGAAGAGGGGGAAGAAGCGGAGGAUGUGCCGUUCCAUAUUGGUUCGCUCAAGAGGGUCGUGAAAGACUAUAAGUUGCCUGAGAUCAGCUUAUUUUCCGAGGAAAAUGGAGAGGGCACAAAACAGAGGUUCACGGAUUCCUCAGAAGACACACGGAUGUACAGCAAGCCCUUGAAAGCAGCUUCUAUCAUUGUAUAUUCUGGCCUGUGGCUUGUGUAUUCCAAACCAUACUUUGACGAUGAUCCCUAUGUGCUGGAGCCUGGUGGAUAUCCCAGUUUGCAGGCCUGGGGUGCAAAGGACUCCUCUGUCUGCUCCAUACAUCCCAUUAAACUCGGGUGUCCUGUUGUAGAAAAGGCUGGAGAACCCAAGAUUGUGAUUUAUGAGAAGCCACAAUUCCAAGGCAAGAACUGGGAAGUCAGCCGAGAUAUAUACAACGUGAACAAGCCAGAAAACAGCCAGGACUGCAAAAUACCUACUGUAGGAUCUUUGAAAAUCAUGGGUGGCUGCUGGGUUGGUUACGAGAAGGAAGGUUUUCGUGGCCACCAGUACCUGCUGGAGGAAGGAGAGUACAAUGACUGGAACCAGUGGGGAGGGUACAAUGAACGCCUGAUGUCCCUUCGGCUGAUCCGAACGGACUUCUUGGACCCUGCCCUUGUUCUGUUUGAAGCCAUGGACUUUGAAGAGGGUCCCAGUAUUGAGCUUAGUGAAGCCCUGCCGGAUGUCGAACUGGCCAAUUACGGGACCACGACACAGUCCAUCCAUGUUCAGAACGGAGUGUGGGUGGCCUAUGAAGGCAAGAACUUCUCUGGGGAGCAGUUUAUCCUGGAGAAAGGAGUCUACCGCAACUGUGAAGACUGGGGAGCAAACAACUGCCAGAUCUCUUCAGUGCAACCCAUCCUCCAGGUUGGAGAGCACAGCCUACACUUUGUAUCUAAGAUCCUUCUCUUCUCAGAUGCGGACUUCUUGGGGAAUUAUAUCUCUUUUGAGGAGGAUCAACCAACACUUCCAGAGAACUUUGUCCCACGCUCAUGCAGGGUCAAUGGGGGAAGCUGGAUUCUGUAUGAUGGCCCCAAGUAUUUUGGUGAGCAGUAUGUCCUUUCCGAAGGCGAGUAUCCAACCUUGAGCUCCAUGGGUUGUCUUUUCACCACAGCCAUUGGUUCACUAAAGAAAGUUCCCAUUUUCUUUUCUGAGCCUUCCAUCUUCCUGCAUGGAUUGGAGUGUUUUGAAGGGAAGGAGAUCGAGCUCAAUUCAGAAGUACGGAGCCUCCAAGCCGAGGGAUUCAAUAACCACGUUCUCUCUGUGAGGGUGAAGGGUGGCAUUUGGGUACUGUGUGAACACAAUGACUUCCGCGGUCGCCAGUGGCUCUUGAACUGCAUGGAGAUCACCAACUGGCUGACCUACAGUGGGCUCCAGCACAUAGGCUCACUUUACCCCAUCAGGCAGAAACGAAUCUACUUUCGAUUAAAAAAUGAAGGCCUGGAGACCUUUCUCUCUGUCCCAGAUGAUGUUGAAGACAUGAAAGCUGGGCGUGUUUUGGUCUCAGAGCUCCAUGACAAUAGCAGCUCCAUCUGGUACUAUGAAGAUGGACUCCUCAAGAAUCAGGUUGCACCCAACAUGAGCCUCCAGGUGAUCGGUCCAGCAGGAAGUGGCUCCAAGGUGGUGUUAUGGUCCGAGAGCCGGGUGCCCCAGCAAACAUGGCAAAUCGAUUCUUAUGGGAGGAUCUGCAGCCAGAUGUUUGAAGACAAAGUGGUAGAUGUGAAAGGAGGGAAUGCUUAUGACCAUGAUCAUGCCAUCCUCUGGGACACAUCUGAAGACAGACCCACACAAGUCUGGCAUGUCGAGGUGCUCUGAAGAAGCCCAGCUUGGAAGGGCGGUGCUGUGUUCAGAGCCAGGAAUCGCUUUGUGUGCCAGAGACUUUCCUCUUCCUUGUCCAAGGAGCAUUUUGGGAGCCGUGGACUUUACUUUGUAUACAUCAGACCCUUUCUUCUUGGGAUGGGCCUACUUUGUGAGAGAAGCAAGUUGGUUUCCAACCUCUCCAAGCAAAGACCAAUGGAAGAUGGAGUUCUGAAAAGUGGACUAUGUUUGGCUGGUCCAGGACAAGAGACUAGCAAUGUAAUGAAACCCGGUUUUGCAGUGUUAACAUGGGUGGGACUUUGGAUUGCAGGGACAAUGGUAUUAUCUGUCACCUUUUCACCUCCCUUAAACCUCCCCUGUUCUCCCUGAGCUUUGUUGGCGGGGGAAGUCUAUCUUCCAUGCAAUCAUCCCUUGUUGUGAGCUAUACCUGUUGUAUUGUAAAGUGUUUCAGGGCAGCUUGGACUAGAGCAGACAGUUAUGGCCAUCAGCUUGAUGGACGGACGGAUGGACGGAAGGAGGGAGGGAGAGAGGGAAAGAGCUGUCCCUGGAGGAGAGGAAAACGUCUGAAAAUGGUUUGUUGAUGUAGAGCAACACCGGCGCCUGAACCUUUGGACUCUUUUUGAGGGUGUGACUAUGGAGACUGUCAUAAUCAGCUGCACUUCAGAACUUCCCAUAACAUUCCUGCAGGAGGCACUUAUUAUGCAAAUAGAAGAUAGUGAAGCCGUCAAAGUUUCAAAGCAUCCCUCUUCCUAGCUUAAAGCUUUUUAAAACGGGAUAUGUGUGUCUUCAAACCUCUAUUUAUGUACUUGUGUAUGAUAGCAUGCCUUUUAUAAACUCUCUGCUUGGUGGGUUGAUUUGUUGGAUUCUGUUUUAAUAAUAAUAAUAAU